GAUUAGUACAAUUCCCAGUGCAUACAGCAACGUGAUAACGCUAGUCAGAUUAUCAUAAUAUGAUUUGGGUAGAUUACAAUUAUCUCUAAUCGCUGCGCUUCGAUCGCUAUAUAAAACACCCGAAUCAAAGUGACGCAUUAGUUGCCAAAUUAACACAAACGUAAAAAUGGUGUCCGACUUCAGGAAAAAGAAACUGAUAUUUCUGUUCAAAAUUUUCUUCGACUCCGAUGGCAGUGGUUCCAUAACGAAGAAGGAUUUCGAAAUGUCCAUCGAAAGACUCGCUAAGGCGAAAGGAUGGGAAGCCGGGGAUGAGAAAUACAAAUUAGCCGAGAAGACCAUGUUGGAAAUUUGGGAGGGUAUGCUUUACAAGGCAGACGAAAACAAGGACGGUGAAAUUUCCGUCGAUGAGUGGAUAUCACUGUGGGAGGAGAGCAGCAAGGAUUCUCCGGUAGACUGGCAGGCUUACUACUGCAAGUCCAUCUUCCGUCUCCAAGACUCGAGCAACGAUGGGGCGAUUGACAAGGAAGAGUUUGUAUCCGUCCAUGAAUCCUUUGGCCUCCCCCAAGAGCAGACAAGCGAAGCCUUUGACAAACUGGCUUGCGGCAAAGACAGCGUAUCCUGGGAAGAUUUCCAACAGCGCUGGGAGGAGUUCUUCACAUCUGAGGAUGCUGACGCUCCUGGAAAUUAUAUUUUCGGUCGUUUGAAUUUCGAUUGA